AACUGAGAAAAUAAUGCACAGCCAUGGAUCCCAGUGAUGUAUGAUUCAUAUUGGGAAUAUCAAAUGUUCUGUCUUUGCUACACACACACAUGCAGAGGAGGCAUACUAUUUGCAAUAUGUUACAGGAUUACAAAAGCAACUGACCUCUUAGCAUAUUUGAAGCUUAGCUGCGUUUGGUUAGCAAUUGUAUUCACCAAUUAUAAAAGGGGUGGGUAUUGCUUGAAUAUAGUCUGCCAAAAUAGCACACUCUUUGGGGGCUGGGAUCCAAGGGGGAGUGUGUGUUGUCUCUGUGUGAAAGAGUUCUGUCCCCAGUGUCAUGAGAGUUUAGUUCCAUACACUCUCAAAAUGACGAAGGGAACACUGCUCCACAUUUUGUUGCUUUGUGUUUUCUGUAGCUGUUGUGCCCAGAUGUUCAACCGCCGAGUGCUGAUGCGACCGGGUUCAUGGGGUCGCCACCGAUUAGAAUAUAUGGACCUUGAUGAUUAUUUUGGUCUUCAUGAUGAAAGAAAUCCGAAGGACCACACCAGUCUGGAACCAAGGUUCAUCCUCCUAGCCCCUAACAUUCUGAGAACAGACAGUGAGGAGUCUAUCUAUUUAGAGUCCCAUGGCCUCAACAGCCCUGUAACCGUCACCAUAACAGUCCAUAACUUCCCGGGGGGGGGGACUAAGCUCCUGCAGGACACUGUCACACUCGGCCCGGCGAACAGCUACCACACCCUCAAGAUCAUAAAGCUCCCUUCAGAGCAUCUGGACAAGGGGAACGAGGAGUCCUCCAGGAACCAGUAUGUGAAUGUGAAAGCAGAGUUUGGGGGCUACCACGUAGCUGAACAGGUUGUCAUGGUCUCCUUCCACUCUGGAUACAUCAUCCAGACAGACAAGCCCCUCUACAAACCUGGAGACACUGUACUAUGCAGGGCCUUUGUGUCUAACCUCACCUUCCAGGCCUCAACAGCUCCAUCACCAUUGAAUUCCAGAAAUGUGCGAUUUAAGGUGUGUGUGUGUGUGUGUCAGAAUUCAGACGGCGUCGUAGUGAAACAGAUCUCCAGGACCAGAGCCAAGAAUGGAAUCUUUGCUGAUACUCACGUUCUACCUGACAUAGUCAAUGAGGGAACGUGGAGAUCAUUGCAAAAUUUGAACAACUGGCAACCGAACAAAUUCAGUAGUGAGUUUGAGGUGAAGAAAUACGUGCUGCCUGCUUUCAAUGUCACACUGACUCCCAAGAAACCCUUCCUCAGUCUGGAUGAUACUGAGCUGGUGGUGGAGAUCACAGCCAGAUACCUGUAUGGCGAAGAUGUCCAGGGAACGGCCUACGUGAUGUUUGGUGAGGUGAACAAGGAGAAGAGGAGGUUACCAUCGGUCAAGCAGGUCACCAAUCUGCAGCAAGGCACCGCUACAUUGACCAUGGCGGAGAUCAGGAAGGCCUACCCCGACCUCCGCUCCCUGGUUGGAAGCUCUAUUUACGUCAAGGCCUCAGUGCUGACCAAAUCAGGCAGUGACCUGGUGGAGGCAGAGAAGGUCUGGUUGAGUUUUCCAGGAUGUUCCCCGGCUCAUAACGUCCCAGUCCAGGUGAGCCUCCUGGCCAACCCAAUCACCAGCCACCUUGGCACCAUCAGGACCGCCAUCAACAUGCCUGCUGAGCUAGGCCCUCAGAUCAUCACUCUGGUGUUGAACAAGGGCAAAAUCAUCGUUGCCAAGAGACUAGAGGUCGGAGGUCAGGACAUGACCAACGUUCUGUUGACCAUUACCACGGAGAUGAUGCCCUCAUUUCGCGUUGUGGCAUUCUACAUGCUGCCGUGGGCGGGGACUUCGGAGGUGGUGGCUGAUUCUGUGUGGGUGGAUGUGGAGGAUGCCUGUGUUGGGGCGUUGAGUGUUGGUCCAGCUGGCUCCAGGCCCYCAGAGUAUUACCACCCAGGGARAGGGUUCAACUUCCAGGUGAGAGGAGACCCAGGAGCCAUGGUCAGUCUGGUGGUGGUGGACAACGCUGUGUUCCUGCUCAACAGACAGAGGCUCACACAGAGGAAGAUCUGGCAGGUGGUGGAGGGGGGGGACAUAGGCUGUACCCACGGUGGGGGCAGCAACAGCAUGGGUGUCUUCACUGACGCUGGACUACUGUUUUACUCCAACACUGGUGGAGCCACCUCUUCUAGACAAGGCAUGCAGUGCCCAGGGAGGUCCAGAAGGAGGCGCUCUGCUGAGAUGUUGCAACGCAGAACUCAACUGGAGAACCACUACAGAGAGAAGCUGUUGCGUCAGUGUUGUAAGGAUGGCCUGAGAGAGAUCCCCAUGYCUUACUCCUGCACCCGGCGCUCCCUCUACAUCACUGAGGGAUGGGAAUGCAUCAAGGCCUUCAGGUACUGCUGCUCCAAGUACAGGGGAGAGGAGUUUGACACCAGACUACCCYCUACCACCACCAUACCCCCUACCACCACCAUACCCCCUACCACCACAGCUCUACUCAGGCUGACCCUGGACAGACCCAUUUUUACCAAGCUACAUAGCAGAAACUUUGCAGAUUUUGGGAUUUCAAGAGGUUGGCAACGCUGCAUGUGGAUUCCGUCUUCCCAGACACUAUCACCCAGUGGGGAGUACUAGCCAUCAGCUCCUCACCUGUCACAGGUUUCUGCGUAGCCGAGCCGUGGAAUGUGCGUACGUGGAAGCGUUUCUUCGUGGACCUGAAGCUGCCGUACUCAGUGGCGAGGAACGAAUACGUGGAGAUCAAAGCUGUGCUCCAUAACUAUGGCGAUGAGGACAUGGAGGUUAAGGUGGUGCUACUGAAGACAGAGGACAUGUGCAGUGUGGCGUUCAAUGAGAAACACACCCAGGAGGUGACGUUGAAGGGCUCAUCCCUGGUUGUUCCCUACACCAUCAUACCGCUCAAGGCCGGAGAGAUGCUACUGGAGGUCCUUGCCAUGGCCAAAGGGUUUAUGGGUAGCGACGGGGUCAAGAAGACGCUACGCGUGGUGGUGGAAGGAGUGCAGAAGACUAAAGUGCAGAGUUUUGUAUUGAAUCCUUCUGCCACAGGGAGGUCACGGCAGGUAGUGGAGGUGGACAAAGUGGAGCUGGGCUCCCUGGUUCCAAACUCUCAACCAGAGACAUUCAUCAACAUCAGGGGUAACCUGUUGGCUGACACCAUAGACAACAGUAUCAGCAGUGACUCUCUGGCCUCUUUGAUCCGUAUGCCUGGUGGCUGUGUGGAACAGAACCUAGCCAGCAUCACCCUGCCUCUUAUAGCCACUGUCUACCUGGACCGCUCCAACGACUGGGAGACUGUAGGGGUGCAACGCAGGGUGGAGGCCAUCAACUACAUACAGAAAGGCUACCAGAAGCAGCUGGUGUAUAAGAAGAAAGAUGACUCUUACCCCCCCUACAGGAAUGAAGGCACAAGCACAUGGAUCACUGCGUAUGUAGGUGAGGUGUUCUCUAUGGCUCUCAACUGGCAGGAGUGAGUGACAGGAUGUGUGUGUCCUCUCCUCUACCUGCUCAACAACAAACAGCAGAUCACUGGAUCUUUCAGAGAGGACAACCCUGUCUAUACUACUAUGACAGGUGGGGUACAAGGUGCAGAGUCUCAGUCCACUUUGACAGCCUUUGUCCUGAUAGCCAUGACUGAAGCCACCAAGCAUACAGAACUCAACUGCAAAGGAGCUGGUCACACCAUCAAGAAUGGGAUCCAGAAUGCUGCCAACUAUCUGAGGAGCACGUAUGGUAUUCUGAAGAGACCCUACUCUCUGGCCAUCUCUGCCUACGCUCUGUCUCUGGUUGACGAGACAUCUUCACUGUUCUUAAAAACCCUGCUACUCAAAGCUGCCUCUCCAGACGGUACCCAUUGGCCAGACAGUGAGAACCGCCUCUUCACUCUGGAGGCGACGGGCUACGCCCUGCUAGCCCUGGUGAAGAGUAGUCACAUGACUGAAGCCGCCGCACCUUUCGAGUGGCUCAACGAACAGCGCCGCAGGGGCGGGGGCUACGGAUCCACCCAGCCCACCAUGGUUGUUCUGCAGGGUCUGUCUGAGUACCUGAUAAAGAAACCUCCUCCCAAUGACCUGAGUCUCCAGGUGGACCUGAGCAUCCAGGGCCGCAGCGACCAGCGCUUCCACUUCGACCCCAGGACCUCCUACGUGGCACGCUCCUCCAGGGCUCCUAUAGACCAGGGAUUCAGAGUGGAGGCCAAAGGGAAGGGGCAAGGUAUACUAGAGGUGGUGACCUACUACAACGAGCUCCCUGAGGUGCAUGAGAAGAGCAGCUGCAAGAACUUUGAUUUGGACGUGACCAUCGCAGAAUCUAGUGAAAAGCCUCCACCAGAUGCAGAGAAGUCCUACAGGAUCACUAUUAACGUCAGGGCUGUGGGACCAAGGGAGGUCAGGAUGGUUGUUCUGGACAUCAGUCUUCCUACAGGGUUCGUCCCAGAGAAUGAAGACCUGGAGAUGCUGACCAACUCAGCCCGUUACAUCAACAACUUCCAGAUAGUGGACAACCUGAGUGACAGAGGCUCCUCUAUCAUCCACCUCUUCAAGGUGUCCAACAAGGAGACUGAGACCAUCAUCUUCCGACUGCAGCAGACAUUCAAAGUGGGACUCCUCCAACCUUCAUCUAUUACUGUCUACAAGUACUACAACCCAGACCACCGCUGCAGUCGCUUCUACAGCCCCAAAGAGGACAAGGACGAACUCACACAGAUCUGCAGGAACAAUAUAUGUCGCUGUACACAGGGUGAUUGCUGUGUGUCUAAGUCCCUAACCGAUCAAGUCCCCUAUGGAGCACGAGAGGACCAUGCAUGUAAAGGAUUAUACCACGUGUACAAGGCCAAGGUCCUGAGUGUCAGCCAGAGUCAGUACGACAGAUACGAGAUGAAGAUCACACAGGUUAUAAAAAUAGGAGUGGAGGAGGAGGUCAGUGUGGGUGACACUAGGGUCUUCCUGUCACAUGCUGGCUGUAGAGGAGGUCUGGACCUGAAGGAGGGUACAGACUACCUCAUCAUGGGUACAAAAACUGACCUCUGGUACAAGGACAGCUCCACCAACAGUGCCACAUACAUGCUGGGCAAGGAUACCUGGGUAGAGCGUUGGCCCACCUCAACAGAGUGUGUUAGUGAUGCCAAACUCAUGGCCAGGUGCACAGAGCUGGACAACUUCAGCAAGGACCUCUCAGAGAAGGGAUGUCGGUUUAAAUAGCCUCACUCACUCAUUCACUCACCCUCGCAGCCUAUCAGCUGCCAUGUAGCUUUACACCUCUGGAUGCACUGGUUAGCAGAAACUGUCA